AGCUUAUCUGAUCUUGAGUGGGUCCCACUACCAGCCUGGUGUUGUUGACAUCCUGGUGUGUGUGUGUGCGUGUGUGUACGUGCGUACGUGACGUUCUUUGAGACAUGGAGAAGACAGCCAUGAGGUCUUUCUUGAUCUUCUCAACUUUAGCUGCCUGCAUAUAUAAUGGCCUAAGCCAGCAGGUAGAGCUCCAGGUUCCACCGCCAGCCCCCAGCUGUGCUUACGACGACCACAUCGAGGUGGGAUGCUGGGGCUACUUCAAGUGCACGGGAGGCGUGCUCACAACUGUCGCUUGCCCGGUGGGGCAAGUUCUGGAGAGAGAUUCGCUCAAAUGUGUCACGGGUGGCCAUACGGACUGUAAGGUGUCCGUGGACUGUACCGGCAAGAAAGACGGACACUACGCCGACCUGGGGGACAACUGUGAGAGCUACUUCCGGUGCUUCAACCAGCGGUUCUUGGGACAUUUUUAUUGCCCUUCCAAGCUGGUGUUCAAUGACGCCAAACAACAGUGCGACUACCCCACCAACGUGCCAGCCUGUCUCGCACCUGUUGGAUAAUUGUGAGGCAUCGUGGUGAAAUCAAGCGCUCGUCAAAAUAAAGAAACAGAAGAAAUCA